AUGACAGAUAUAACUAUUCCUGAAUUUUUUAACGGGAAGCAAGUUUUUAUAACUGGAGGAAGCGGAUUUAUCGGAAAAGCCCUAAUCGAGAAACUCCUAAGAUGCUGUCCCGAAGUAAAAACCAUUUAUCUCCUGGUCAGAAGUAAGAAGAAUCAGAACCCUCAGGAACGAGUCAGAACCAUCCUGGACAAUCCGUUAUUUGAUACAAUAAGACAAACCAAUCCAAAGGCUUUGGACAAAGUCCAAGCCAUCACUGGUGAUGUCAGCCAAUUGCGAUUGGGCCUAGAUAAGGAAGACAGGAAAAAACUUUUAGGCUGCCAUGUCGUUUUUCAUGCUGCAGCAAGUGUCAGGUUCGAUGAUCCCCUAAAACAGGCAACCCUGAUGAACACUCGAGGGACACGCGAAAUUAUGGAACUGAUGUUGGAGAUGCCCAAUUUGGUGGUUGGUGUUCAUGUGUCAACUGUAUAUUGCAACACCGACAAAGAUGUUAUCGAGGAAAAAGUGUACAGGGACCAUGGAGAUUGGAAAGAGGCCAUCAAGUUGGCAGAAAGCUACCAAGACGACUAUGCAAUGGCUUGUUUAACCGAAAAAUGUCUGAAUGGUUUGAAGAAUACUUAUCUUUACACCAAACAUUUGGCAGAGAAUGUCGUGGAAGAUUACAGCUAUCGUCUGCCUUUAGUUAUAUAUCGACCAGGAGUUGUCAUCUCCAUGUGGAAGGAUCCUUUGCCAGGAUGGACUGACAAUUUAAACGGACCUAUUGGCCUAAAUUUAGCAUCAGGAAAAGGAUUUUUGAGAGUCAUGCAAGCAGAUCCAAACCAUAUAACAGAUAAUAUGCCGGUGGACUUGGUUGUAAAUGGCAUGAUGACAGCCGCUUGGAAAAAAGGAACAGAAAGAGAUACAGAAAAUCUUCCAGUCUACAAUUGCACCAUGGACAGGUACCUGAAGUACAAACAUUCAGAAAUUCGCGAUUUAUCAUUGGCAGCAAUUCACGAAUAUCCUUAUAAUGGAGCCAUGUGGUAUCCGUUUUGUUAUUUUGCCAAAAGUUUGACAGCAUUCAGGAUUCAGUUCGUGUUACUAAACGCUUUAGUGGCAGUCGUUGUAGACACAUUAUUGAAAUUAACUGGAAGAAAACCAAUGUGA